AUGUUCUUGAAAGAGAGAGAAAAAAUAUUUUUGUAUAAUGCGAAUGAGAAAAUAUCAAUAUCGCCACCAUCAGCAAAUGACGCAAGACCAUUAAUUAUCGAUGAAACUCAACAGAACAAAGAUAAAGCUGCCACUCAGUUAGUUGAUACGUUACUAAAUUCAUCAAUUGUUUCGACAAAAAUUUCAAGAAAAUAUUUACUAAUUGACAAACCGCUGCCAGAUCCAUAUUCAUUACCAACAUUACCUGAUCAAAUUAGUGUAGCUAUUAAUUCAAACCAAAUGGAGAAAUUCGAAAAGCUAUGCAACUUCCGAUCAAUUAUUAUUGACGCUGCUUUUCAUGAUUUGAAAAAGAACUAUAAUUUAAUAUAUCCGACAAGAACACAAUAUACAAUCGUUGUAAAUAGUAUUUUGAAUUAUUUGGGUAUCGAUCAAAAUACAAAAAAAGCAGAUUCGUGGCGUGAGUCUUUAAUUUCGAAGUAUAAGAGAGAAAGACAAAAUCAAAAUGAUGAUCAAACAGUUGAAAUGACACUUCGAUACUCAAAAGAAAAAUCUGGAAGAAAAAUCAAGCAAUAUCCACAGACACAAAUGUCAGAAAGAAACGCCUUGAAAAAUAUUUCCAAUAUGGGACAUCGAUCUGAUGUUAUAGAACAAAUGGAAGAAAAAACUGAAAUAAUCAAAACUGAUUAUCAAAAUAAUUCAUUCAAUGAUCCAGAUUUUAAACGAUUGUGGUUUGAUACUUAUGAAUAUCGAAAAGAUUUUAUUAAGGAAAAUACAACUGCAGACAUUAUGAAACAAUUUCCUGCUUAUACAAAUCCAUUUACUGUAGAAAAUAGUUCAAGUCCUUUUAGUAGCAGAUUAUCUGUUUUAGAUUUUGGCCGAUGUUAA